AUGAAGUUGUAUUAUUUUGAUGUCUAUGGUAAAGGAGAAUCUAUUAGACUCCUUUUGACUCAUUCUAAGGCUGAGUGGGAAGAUGUCAGACUCGGAGGACCAUCAUGGCAAGAGUUCAAAGCUGAGCAGGAUAAAUGCAAGUAUGGGCAGUUGCCUAUCCUUGAGAAGGACGGAAAACAUUACCCUCAGUCUCUUGCCAUUCUGAGAUACCUUGGUGGUGUUCAUGGGUAUUACCCUGAAGAUCUUGAACUCAGAUUCCAAGCUGAUGAGAUCACUGACUUGAUUGUAGAUGACUUUUUCGUUACAAUCGUCAAAAAGUAUAUCUUCGUCAAGGAUGAGGAGGAAAAGAAGCAGAGCUGGACCACCCUCCUUGAAGAACAUCAUCCUAAGCACUUCGGGUUCCUUGAGAAUCAGUUGAAGGGGAACUCCUCCCAAGAAUUCUUAGUCGGAGACUCCUACACCAUUGCUGACUUUGCUGCCAUUGCAGCCUAUAUCUCUCAGAUCAACCAUCCUGAUAGAAGAGAUGAUGUCUUACCUAUCUUGGAGAAGUUCCCAUUGCUGAAGGCUUACUUUGAGGCAAGAACUGCUGACUUCCAGGAGUACAUUGAAAAUCUCCCUAAAUGUAGCGUCUAAAAUGCCAAGAUUCUCGUUCUGCCAUCUUUGUCGAUAAAGAUCUUCAAUAC